AUGUUUCCUGGAGCGGGUCAUCAUUCUUAUUCGCACCAGGAGCAGCAAAAUUCAAGGCCAUCUGGCCCUCCUCCCAAUCAGAACUAUGACCGUCCUCAGGGUCCUCCGGGGAACUACAACCGUCCCCAGGGUCCUCCCCCGGGCUCUCAACAGGGUCCUCCCCAGAAUUACAGUCGUCCACCUCAGGCUCCACCCAACUUCCAAGGUUUCAAUGACUAUUCCAGACCUGCAAUACCACCCCCAGGUCAGGACGGACAGGAUGGACGCGAUCGUAACGACAUAGGACAGAACCAUGCCUUUGCCCAGGACAUCAAUGGCCCUAAUUCUUACCAGCAGCCAAAUCAAAUGGCUCCACCUCCUCAGAACAAUCAAUUCAUUGAUGGGAACAAUCAGCAACUGCCUUACCAGUACUCCCAAUGUACCGGUAGACGGAAAGCUCUGCUAAUUGGAAUUAACUACAUAGGGUCUCAAAACGCAUUAAGAGGCUGCAUCAAUGAUGCCAGGAACAUGUUCAAUUUCUUGACAACUAGAUACGGGUACCGCGCGGAAGAUAUCGUCAUUUUGACAGAUGAUCAACAACAAAUGAUGUCUGUUCCUCUUCGUGCUAACAUCAUUAGAGCCAUGCAAUGGCUAGUAAGAGACGCACAACCAAACGAUGCCCUGUUUUUACACUAUUCGGGUCAUGGUGGGCAAACUAAGGAUUUGGAUGGCGAUGAAGAAGACGGAAUGGACGAUGUCAUUUAUCCAGUUGAUUUCGAAGCCCAGGGCCAUAUUGUCGACGAUGAAAUGCACGACAUCAUGGUCAAACCUUUACCACCAGGAGUUCGUUUGACGGCGCUCUUCGAUUCUUGUCAUUCUGGAACCGUUCUUGAUUUACCAUACACUUACUCUACCAAGGGUGUUGUUAAAGAACCAAAUAUUUGGAAAAAUGUCGGUCAAGACGGUUUGCAAGCCGCAAUGGCAUAUGCAACUGGUAACGGUGGUGCUUUAUUCAAAUCUUUGGGUUCACUUGUGUCUACGGUUUCCAACCGCGUUGGAGCUGGUGAAAUCGAUCGCGAGAGAAUUAGACAGAUCAAGUUUUCUCCGGCUGACAUUAUCAUGUUUAGCGGUUCCAAAGAUAGUCAAACUUCUGCUGACGCGUUUGAAAAUGGACAAGCCACUGGUGCCAUGUCGUAUGCUUUCGUUAAAGUUUUAUCAACACAACCACAACAGAGCUUUUUGAGUAUGCUACAAAACAUGAGAUACGAGAUGAGUGGUAAAUAUACCCAGAAACCUCAACUUUCGAGUUCCCAUCCUAUCAACGUCAAUUUGCAAUUCCUUCUUUAG